GUAGUUAUCCGUGACUGCCUGGUAGAGCUUAGCUGAGCCCGCCUAUACAAUACUCUUAUCUCGCAUGUAUAACGGUUUUACUGAGAAAUUAAAUACAUCCCUGAAAUGGCCGGAAGCGCUGGAGAAUGGUGUUUGAUGGAAAGUGACCCAGGGGUUUUCACAGAACUGAUAAAAGGAUUUGGAUGUAAAGGUGCGCAGGUGGAGGAGAUAUGGAGUAUGGAACCAGAAAAUUUUGAGAAUCUGAAACCUGUUCACGGACUGAUUUUCCUUUUCAAGUGGCAGCCUGGUGAAGAGCCAGCUGGAUCAAUUGUUCAAGAUUCAAGACUUGACCACAUAUUCUUUGCCAAACAGGUCAUAAACAAUGCCUGUGCAACCCAGGCAAUUGUCAGUGUGUUAUUAAAUUGCACACAUCAAGAUGUACUCCUUGGAGAUACAUUGGCAGAGUUCAAAGAGUUCUCCUUAAGCUUUGAUGCUGCUAUGAAAGGCUUGGCUCUGAGCAAUUCUGAAGUAAUUCGUCAAGUCCACAAUGGUUUUGCCAGACAACAGAUGUUUGAGUUUGAUGCAAAGUCAUCCGCAAAAGAUGAAGAUGCCUUCCAUUUUGUGAGCUAUGUCCCUGUCAACGGCAGACUCUAUGAGCUGGAUGGCCUCCGUGAGGGACCAAUAGACCUUGGCGUAUGUAAUCAAGAUGACUGGAUUAAUGCAGUGCGACCUGUCAUUGAGAAAAGAAUACAGAAGUACAGUGAAGGAGAAAUCCGCUUCAAUCUUAUGGCCAUAGUUUCAGAUCGUAAAAUGAUCUUUGAGCGCAAGAUCACAGAACUACAGGCCCAGCUGACAGAGGAAGAACCUAUGGACACUGACCAGAGCAGCAACCUGUUCAGCUCCAUCCAGUCAGAGAUCGCUAAGUACCAGCUCCUGAUUGAAGAGGAGAACCAGAAACUGAAGAGAUACAAAAUUGAAAACAUCCGAAGGAAGCACAACUAUUUGCCUUUCAUUAUGGAACUACUGAAGACACUGGCAGAGUAUCAGCAGUUGAUACCCUUGGUGGAAAAAGCAAAGGAAAAACAAAGUGCCAAAAAAAUCCAAGAGGCAAAGUGAUGUCUCGCCCCCAUCAUCAUGUCACGUUUGUUUGUGUGAGUGUGUGUGUGUGUUUGCGUGCAAGUGUGUAAGUGUGUAUGUGAGUGUGUGUGUGUGCGCAUAUGUCUUAAGAGAGUGGUUGAGUUAAUAACACCCUACCAGUUCACUCUCCCAUUCCCUGUGAGCCCCCCCCCCACUGCCCCAACCAUCAACCAUCUACCCAACACUAGUACAGGGAGUAGGACAAGCACUCUGGACGGUCACAGUCAUUCUCACCUUAAUGUUCAUCCACCGCAAAUGUAUGCAUGCCAGAAAGAAAGAUAAUAAACCUGUAUUAUUUUCAUAUGAA